AUGAGUAACAUUUACAUACAGGAACCGCCAGCAUUAGGAAAGGUUUUAUUAAAAACAACUGCUGGUGAAAUAGACAUAGAACUAUGGACGAAAGAGGCUCCAAAGGCAUGUCGGAACUUCAUACAACUAUGUAUGGAAGGAUAUUAUAAUGGUACAAUAUUUCACAGAGUAGUGCCAGGGUUCAUAGUGCAAGGUGGAGAUCCAAAUGAUGAUGGUACAGGAGGAGAAAGUAUAUAUGGCGCUCCAUUCAAAGAUGAAUUCCACUCCCGUCUACGCUUCAAUCGUCGCGGUCUCGUCGGCUCAGCAAACGCAGGCAAAGACGACAAUGGCUCACAAUUCUUCUUCACAUUAGCUGCAACUCCAGAACUGCAGAAUAAACAUACCAUAUUUGGAAAAGUCACAGGUGAAACUAUCUACAAUGUCCUAAAGCUCUCUGAAGGUCUCAUCGGUCCCGACGACCGUCCAGAACACCCCCACAGAAUCACCAGUACCACUGUGAUUAUUAACCCAUUCACUGAUAUUGUACCGAGGGUUGUAGAGGAAAUCAGAGAAGAGGAACCCAAGAAAAAGAAGAAAGAACGGCAGGGUGUUAAAAAUUUCGGUCUUUUGUCCUUUGGUGAGGAGGCAGAAGAAGACGAGGAUGAAGCACAGGAGUACCGCGGGAAGCCCAAGUCCACUCACGAUCUUCUAGAAGAUCCUAAAUUAAGCAAGAAAACUGCUGCAGAACUAGAAGAAGAAGAACAGCAGCAGAAAGCAGUAUUAUCAACAAAAGAAAAUGAACAAAAAAUCAAAGAGACUGCUGCCACAGUCAGCAAUAUAAGAGAUAAACUUAGUUUUAAGCGCGCUAAGAGUCCAGAUGGGGACAGCAAGAGAAUUAAGCAGGAUGAAAAAGAAGAAAGUUCGGAGGAAGAACAAGAAGAAUAUUAUAUUGGAAAAGAUAGAGAUGAUGCGAGGAAAAAAGAAAAAGAAAGAAUCCAGAAGGAAAUAAAACAACUAAGAAAAGACAUAAAAGGAAUAAAAGAAGACAAAAUUAAAGAAGUUUUAGAGCAGAAAGAUGCGGGAGAUAACAAGAAGAAAGAAGAAGAUAAUGAAAUGUAUAACAAGUAUAUUGAGGAGCAGGAGAAGUACAAGAAGAUAAAGGAGAAAAUACCAAAGAAGGGUGCUGCAAGGGAAACCUUCACACUUGAACUGCUGGCUAAGUUCAAAAACAAACUCCACGCUAUCAAGGAGAAGACACAAACAGAAGGGGAGCCGGAGAAGAUGGAAACCGAUGAUGAUAAUUUGAAUUCGGAUGAUUGGUUGGGUCACACUCUACGCUUCGAGGAUAAAGGUGCAGUGCUCGCAAAGGACGCCAGCAGUAAAGGCGAUGAUUGGUUCGACAUAUACGACCCCAGGAAUCCAAUUAACAAGAGGAAGAGAGAGAAGACAGAUAAAAAGCAGAAGAAAUAA